UCGAUUUUCAUUUAGUUGCACGUAAAAAUCGAGAGUUUGAAGAUCACAAAGUUGAAGGUCGGUUUGAUUGUUGACAAUGCGGCAUAUUUUUGUAAUUUGUCUUCUAAUUAUAUGCGGAAGGUUUACUGUUGAUUCGGCACGAAUAUUAGGUAUUUUUAUACAUCCAGCCAUUUCACAUUUUCGUGCUUUUAGACCGGUUUUACAUGCACUUGGUGAGAAAGGUCAUGAUGUCUAUGUUGUUAGUCACUUUCCUGAGAAAGAUCCUCCGACUAAUUACCAUGAAUUCAUAUUAAAACAAGAUGAUAUUUUGACUGGAACUGCGGCUGUUGAUGAAGUUUAUUCUCCAAGAACAUUUCGUAUUUUUUAUGAAGAAUUUCAUGCAUUAAUGGAUGAAGGAAUCCGAGCUUGUGAAGCAUUUUUUAAUUCUCCUUUUAUGGAACAAAUUCAGCAACUCAAUAAUCAACAUCAAUUUGACAUACUGAUAACUGAGUAUUUUAAUACAGAUUGUGUUCUUGGAUUCGCUCAUAAACUUGGAAUAACGAAAUUCAUCGGCAUGAGUUCAUGUGCAUUGAUGCCAUGGCAUUACGAUAGAGUUGGUUUGCCUGAUUCACCAUCUUAUAUUCCAAAUGAAUUUGUUGGAUAUUCUGAUAAAAUGAAUUUGAUAGAAAGGAUGGUAAAUUGGAUCACAGUUCAUGGUUGCAAGCUUGGUUAUAGAAUUUUUCAGCAAAGAGACAAUGCACGAGUCAAAAGAUAUUUAGGUGAAGGAAUUCCAGAUCUUCAAGAGCUUGCAAAACAAACAAAAUUACUUUUUAUAAAUCAACAUUUUUCACUUUCUGGUGUUAAACCAUUCCCACCUUCAGUCAUUGAAAUUGGUGGCAUUCACAUUAGUAAUAAUCGAGAAAAGUUACCAACUGAUCUUCAAAAUAUUCUUGAUAAUUCAAAACACGGGGUGAUUUAUGUCUCAUGGGGAUCAAUAAUAACAUCACGUGGUAUGCCUGAUGAGAAAAAGAAGGAAAUUGUCAAUGCAUUUAAGCGAAUCCCUCAAACAAUUCUGUGGAAAUGGGAAGAAGAUGAAUUCACAAAAUCAGCUGAAAAUAUUCACAUCCGUUCGUGGUUUCCACAAAUUGAUAUUUUAUGUCAUCCAAAUGUUGUUGCUUUUAUGUCUCAUGGAGGAAUGAUGGGAAUUUCCGAGACUGUUUACUGUAAGAAGCCAGCAAUUGUUACGCCAAUUUACGGUGAUCAAUAUUUGAACGGUGCUGCUGUUGAGAAUCGAGGAAUGGGAAUUGUGUUGAAUUAUGACGAGUUAAAUGAGGAAAAUAUUUAUAAAUCAAUUCAAGAGAUUCUAAAACCAGACUACAAGCACCAAGCUGAAAAGGUCGCGCAAUCUUAUAACAAUCGUCCGUUAAGUGCCAUUGAUACAGCUCUCUUUUGGACUGAGAAUAUCAUCAAAAAUGAUGGAAGUUUAUUAAAAUCACAGGCAUCUGAAUUAAACUGGUUUUCUUAUUACUGCAUUGAUGUCUUUUUGGCUAUUGUUUGUGUUCUAUUAGCAAUAAUUUUAUUGAUAUUUAAAAUUAUUAAGCUAACACUUUUUAGUUUUAAAUUAAGUAAGCCUAAAAAGGAUGUAAAAAUAAUUAAAAAGAAGAAAAAGUAAAAUUUAAAUGUAC